AUGGGGCCGGAGCUGUGGGCUGUGCAGCAAACGGCCGCCUUUCUCGACGUGCUUAUAAUGUCGCCGUUCAAAGCGCAGGUGGCGAGAUGCUCGAAAUUACUGGGCGACUUGUACCCCAAUGCUAGCGGUAACGGUAGCCCCGUCCCGCGCAUCCAGACUGUGGACGCCUCCCAGGGCUCAGAGGCAGACGCUGUCAUUGUUACCUUUGCGCGGAACGCCGGGUGUGUUGGGGCUCUGCGAUCGCCGAAGCGAGUCAAUGUGAUGACCUCCCGGCACAGGCACUUCCAGUAUUUCGUGAGCAUCUGGACCUCGGCAUCCUCGACAACCGUCCAAAAAGACUCUCCGGCCAUGACGAAUGUUAUUCUUGAUUAUACCAAGGAGGUACCUGGGCUUUUAGUCCGGGCGUCAAACCCGACAUAA